AUGUCAUCACUGAUCCUACUGGUCGUCCUCACCAUCAAAGGUGUACUGGGCCAGAGGAUCAUCGGGGGUCAGGAGGUGAAGUCCUACUUUAUAAAGUACCAAGCCUCCAUCCAGUACAACAACUUCCACUACUGUGGAGGCACCCUCAUACACCCUCAGUGGGUGGUGUCUGCUGCCCACUGCUGGAAAUCGGCCAACCUGCUCAAAGUGGUUCUGGGUGACCACAGUUUCUCCAGUCUGGAGGGCUUUGAGCAGGAGUUCAAUGUUUCCAAGGUGCUGGUCUACUACAUGUACAAUUACAUGACCUUUGACAACGACAUCAUGCUGCUCAAACUGGAGAGGCCGGCCAUCCUCAACGCCAACGUCCAGCCCGCCGUCCUGCCCAGAGUGGACACGUCCCCGUUGCAGCAGGGAACGGCCUGUACGGUGAGCGGCUGGGGGGUCACCAACAUCUUCAGCUACUACCUGUCCCCCGUGCUCCGAGCCGUGGACGUCAACGUCCUCACCAACUGCCAGUAUUACUACUACUUCAGGAUCACUGACAACAUGCUCUGUGCUGGCUAUAGCUUUGGAGGGAAGGACUCCUGUCAGGGUGACUCGGGCGGCCCACUCAUCUGUAACGGGCACUUUGAGGGCAUUGUUUCCUGGGGCAUCAGCUGUGCCAACCCCAACUUCCCUGGCGUCUACACCAAGAUCAGGAUGUACCUCAGCUGGAUCAACUGGAUCAUCCAGAACGACAGCUAGUGACUUGUUGUUGGUCUUCUCCUUUCUAAAGAUCAGAAUGGGAUCAACUUACAGCGAGGGAAAAAAAGUAUUUGAUCCCCUGCUGAUUUUUUGACGAGUUCAGGUCUGCCUUUCUGGUCUGGAGCAAAGAGAUGUCCCCAUCCCUUGACCUUUGACCCCAAC